CUCCUUCCAUUCUUCCUGUUUUAUUUGUAGACAAUACCCAGAUAGCUACAGCAUUGAUUGCCUUCCGGUAUCCGAUUUGAAAUCAACACCAGAACAGACUAAAGCUCAUCCGGUUCCGGUUGUCGCAUCCCCCGUUGAGUUUCAGGAAAUAUUUUUGAAUUUCCAUUUCUCUUCUACAGCAAAAAUCCCCUUUACAACGGCUGUAAACGGUCACGUGUUUGUCCCACCUACAUCUCCACCCCAGACCUAUCCUAGACAGUCUAAUACAACAGUAUCAUGUGAUCCUUUGGAUUGUUCAGACCAUUGCCAAUGUACCUACAUCGUAAAGCUUGAGAAAGACAAAACGGUGCAAUUGGUAUUGCAUAACAUGGAUGACGCACCUUUUGGUAUGCCUCAUCCUGUUCAUAUGCAUGGUCAUCACUUCCAUGUGGUCAAGAUUGCCUAUCCUCACUACAAUUCUACUACCGGGGAUAUCAUAGAUAAAAAUAAAGAUAUUAAGUGUAAUACUAAGAGCUGUAAUGAUGCGUCUUGGAGAAAUGAGAAUUGGACAUUGGGUAAUGUUCCAGGGUUGAAUCUCGAGAAUCCGCCUCAGAAGGACACGAUAGCAGUGCCUAGAAAUGGCUACAUUGUUCUAAGACUGAAAGCUGAUAACCCAGGAUUUUGGUUUAUGCACUGUCACAUCGAAAUCCACCAAAUAGCUGGCAUGGCGGUCCUCUUCCAGGAAGGUGACGUCAGCGACAUGGAACCCGUUCCAGAAGGCUUCCCCACAUGUGGCAGCUUCCAGAUGACGCCAGAAGAAUUCAAGCAAUAUCUAACACCAGAGGGCGCAAGGAAAAAGAAACAUGUGCAGAAGCGUCUAAAUACUCCUAAGCAAAUUCUGGUAGAAGAGGUUGAUUAUCAUAUAGUCGAUUACGUGCCCGUUGUAAAAGAAAGAAAAGAAGAACCAACAUCCUCUCAAGAAAGCGGGAACGUAUUUAGAGAAUUUCAUCGUUUUCAUCAUAAACACCAUAGAGUCCAUGUGGCUUUGAUUGCAGUUCUGACAUUGUCACUUUUAAUAAACUUGAUCUUCAUCACAACCUGCAUAUGUCGUAAAUGUCGACGAUCUUCUGCUGUAGACGCACUGUCACAGAAAAAGACGAUGCUUGCCCAAAAUCUUGUAAACCAUGAAGGUUUAAGUGCUUCGGAAUCCAAACAACGUCUUGUGUAAAAUUCUGAAGCCAACUCAAGCUAACA